AUGGAUAUAAUAGAACUGAAGGAAACGAAUGAAUCGGGAAGAAUAAAGGCAUUUUUGGAUGCAGCCUAUAGAGCUGAUUAUGAAGCUAUCAGUGAUAAUUUAGCUCAUGGAUUAUCAGCAGAUAUUAUGGAUGAUGAUAACACUACAGCAUUACAAAUUGCCUCUGCACAAGGCAACUUAGCAAUGAUGCAAAUAUUAUUAAAUCGCGGGGCAUCAGUUGAUAAAUGCAACCAUUGCGGAUUUACUCCUUUGCUUCACGCUGCCCGAAACGGAAAGGUUCAAGCAAUUGAGUUACUGAUCCGACACGGUGCCAAUCCAUUCAGAACAACAUUUUACGGUACGACAGCUUUGUCAUUAGCAUCUUCUAGAGGUCACUUAAAUGUUUUGGUAAUGUUGCGUGAAUAUGCGAGUGAAACACGACGACGCGCUCCAACUCCUCUAAUAGCAGCGAUCGCUACAAAGCAAUACCAAAUAGUCAUUCAUCUUGAAUUUGCCGGUUUCAUUCGACACCCAUGCUGUGAUGUAUUCUAUGAGCUCGAUGCUUUUCAUGUGGCUGAACAACUAAUGGAUUUGAAAAUGAUAGCUCUUUUGCAUGACCUUGAUCUACAAUUGCUGAAUCAGCCUGCAGUAUAUUGUAUUACUUCGAGAACUUUCACUAAUCGGGAAUCACAAGUUGAAAUACCAAGAAAGACUGCAGAUAUUCGAUGUCUGAUACGUGAUCAUAAGGUAGCACUUGUAGAUUACAUUAUGAAUUUAAAUGAUUAUGCUGAACUACCAACUGGUACUACGCCAUUGAUGUACGCUGCCAUUGUUGGUAGCAUUUCCAUGGUGCAAAUAUUACUGCAACACAAUUGUAAUAUAAACGCAUCUUAUUACGGUUUUACACCAAUUAUGAUUGCGAUUGUGUGUGGCAACGAUGCAUUAACACAAUAUCUGGUAAAGAAAGGUGCCAGUCAAAGUACAAACGGUUGUCAGUUUUCGCUCUUUGAACUAGCAUCCAAUUCCGAUGGUAUCUCAUCAUCAACCAUUCAAAUGUUACUGAAAGGAUCAGGGCACAAAAUGCGUCUCAUUAAAAGAAUGGCAGCGACAUUGCAAAAGAUAUCGAGAAUUCGCGGAAAAAGCCAAUCGAUGUGUCAUCAGCCAAUCAAAUUAGUAAUAGGUGCUAGCCAGCAGAGUUUUCUGCAGAAAGUUGUUCAAAAUAUGGGUAUGAAAUCAAAUUGGGUGCCUAAAGAACUAUUUAGUGCUCUUGCUUGGCCAGAUUCUCCCUGUACUUGUUUUGAAGUGAGUGGUACACCAAAUGGUUUCAAGACCAAUCCAAAACCAGUUUUGGAAGAGAGAAUUAUGGUCAAUACUGAUGAGCAGGAACAGUGCCGAUGUUUAAUGAAUGAUUGUUGCUUGCGUAAAAGGACUACAAAAGAUGGUUCACUUGCUCAAUCGUCAAAUUUUCAUACGACGCCAUCGCUGGUCAACACCAAUUAUUUACAUAUACGACAGCAACAGUGCAACAGUAUUUCGAAACUUCAAUCCAUUCUGUUCCAUUUUGGUUCCGGAUCACCAAAAAACUAUUCGAUGACUUCAUCAAGCAGCUCAAAUCUAUCAAUGAUACUGAAAACAGAUGGUUGUCAGGACAGUGAAGUUCCGAUGAUUGAAAGUAUAAGUGAAUUGUGUUCAACUUACAAAUAUGAGAAGAAAUACUGGGAUCUUCUAAAUAGAAGGUGCUCUCCAGAUAUGUGUCAGAAAUUAGAGGAACAAGAAAUAGACUAUGAAACUUUUUUAUUGCUCACCAGAGCUGAAUUCAUCUCACUUGGUAUCAGUCGGUCUGAUGCAGCUAUUCUUAGUACCAUUCAGAAGAUUCUAAAAGAAGAACUAAGUAAAAUCUGA